UAUAUAUAUAAACGCACACACGCCUUCCGUAUUUUUACGUUAGGCGCAAAAGAGAAAGCGCAAGUAGGGAAUCGAAACAAAUAGAAAAAAUCGCGAAAAUACAGAAGGUGUCCUCCGUGUCUUUUCACAACGGCCUGAGUGUUUUUCCGAAGCACGUUGAGCAACUUCCAAUUGUCCGCGUGCCGCCGCGACCAAUCGCUGUUUCCCGAAAAAGAUAUGGAAGAAGGAGAACGCAACUGAGCGUACCUCGCUGUGAGCGAGUACGAGACGCGAGUUAACGUUCCGACAGUUCAUGUGCCAUACUAACAGGGAUCCAAAUUUUACGGCCAAAGUUGUAAGGCUAGAAACCUCAAACCGUGCAAGGGGAAAAGAGCAGCUCUGUGUUUUAAUUCCUAGAACAGAUCAAUCAUCAUUAAAAUAAAUAAAAAGAAGAGGCUACAAAAUGCAAGGUAUUGGCGUAGCCGAACGACUUGGUUUAGGACCGGAGGUACGCGAACUCAAGCUUGGAUCCAGCAUCACAAGCAACACCUCAAAGUUUCAUACUUUGAAAUAUGAUUUUAAGCCUGCAAGCGUGGAUGAUUCAAAAGUAGCUAAAGUCGAUGUGGGAUCAGAUAACACAGUAACAGUUACAGUGCCACAUUUGGAUGGUGCUGGCACACCAUACACUGUGUUCAAAGGUUCCCAAAGACCUUACAAUAAAGAAUAUGUUUUAAUCAUUGACAAAGCUACUGGCGAGAUUACAUUGGAGAGGCUGACUGCAAAUAUUCAAGUUAAAAAAACUCGAACGGAACAAAAGCGAAGUGGCAAUAGCUCCAUGCCUGUAGAGAUUAAAAAAAGCCCUACGGAUGGUAGGGCAAAUGGAAAAACCAAAGUUAUCAGUGGAAAAAAGAAAGAACCUUUAGUGCAAUUAAAUUCCAAACAAAGUCCACAGCGGACAUCGCCAUAUCACAAAAGAAGUCCACCCAGUACAUUUACUCAUAGUUAUUCCAGUUAUUCACCUCAACAACCGUUAGGUGGACAAUCUACGUUGGCCAGUUUGCCAAUGAUCGGCGAUAACGAUGAUUUUGUAUUAUCUACACCAAUAAUAUCUACAUCUUCUACGCAAAUUACAACUCCUGUUUUAGUACCAAAAUCAACCAACUUAGAAAGCGAUUCAAGCUCAAAUAGUAGUUCAAAUAGUUCGGACAGUUCGAGCAGCGAUUCGGAAACGGAAAAUACAUCGACAACUAACGGUCAAUUGAACGGUAUUACUGCCUCACCCACAUUAUUCAUGCCAGACAACCUCUUAAAUGACGAUCUGCAGUUAUCCGAAUCAGAAUCGGAUUAAUAUGUUAACCUUGCCUUGUAUGCCUUACCGUUUAUUGUCCGUUGUGAGAUUAUUUGGUGACACUCGUAUAUAUGUGCAAAUGUAUAUUAUUGAAAAUAAAAAUAUUUAAUUUUUAAUAA